CUGGACAUUACUUACAGAGGUUCUGGUUACAGUGUUUUUAUUAUCCCCAAUCACAAACUGAAAACGAAACAAACACUUCACAUCCAUUCACCCCAGCACAACACAUUCAACUCUCACAGCAACCAUGAAUACAGACAUGGGUAUCUACGCCCAAUUCCUGAAAAUGCCACUCAAUGUGAUAAGAGGUGGGCAGUGACGAAUAUUAGGUCAACAAGCGACUAGUUCUUUUGCAUGGUGGGAGCACCUAAUCGUUCAUGGCCAAAUACCUACUCUUGCCUUCCCUGCUACGCACCCAAAAGCACAACAACUCUCGGUGUCUCUUCCACAUAAUGGUUCAUAGUCGGAUGAUACGGCUCAUUUCGGGUGUCCAACGCCAGUUCACUGCGGGGCCCAACUGGGAGUGGAUAUGGUGCAGUAGUUGUCAAAAGCUUAUUGUCUAUUUCCUACAAGAAAAUGAAUCCAACAAUGCGUUGCUGCUGAAGCCUCACGUCACCACGCAACCUUCCUUCCAUUCUGUUACACUCCGUGUGCAGCAGCAGGGUUGCUUGCUUGUUUGAGAAAUCACCUUCGGGUGUACAAAGAACGUGACAAGUUUUUGUCACUGAGCUUUAACCCUAGUGUCGAUGAGUGGACGAGUCGGCGCUGAAGCUAUGUGCAUGAUUGUAGCACGGCCUUGUAGGCAAGCUGCUGUUACACCUCCCUACAGAAUGGCACCGGAUGACAAAAGAAUAACAACACAAAAAAAAACGGCGAGGAAACUCUUCAGGAAAAUUGUACAUGAAAACACAUGUUACUUCACGGAGAUGGUCGAGGGACUGUAAACGAUCACAAGUCCAGUGCGACAAUGGCUGGAGACCGAGGAUCUGUGAAUUGCGCCUCGUUGACACAGACCUGUGCAAUGCUGUUGCACAGCAGGACGUUCGCCACUGUAUCAGUCUAGCGUCAUGUCGACAGUGUAACAAUCCGAACUAUCCAAUCUCGCCGCGCUACUCCCCUAAUCGCGCGGGAUGAAUCCUAGAUACGAUGCGAGAGUCGGGAGAAUAUACGCCGUCGAUGUGCCAUCGGAGGGCCGCGACGUAGAAGUGCUAAUUAAAGAGGCGGGACGUGUAAGACAAAAAUUGAAUUUCUUGUCACGGCCAUCGGAGCUCGCUUUCGUGGGGGUUGAUUAAAUUUCGGGUUCGCAUUGCGCAGCUUCGCACCGCACAUGGGCCUCCAGCAUCUGUGCACGAAUCGUCUAAGGUUUUAGCGGUUUUCGUCCGGCGUUCGUUUGGUUGUUUUUAGUUCGUCACUGGCUGCCCCCGCUGCAACUUGUGCGUGGGUUCGCGCCUGUCACCCGUCGGUGGACAAUGAGGGGCAAGUUCUGGAGGGUGAUUCCAGUUAGAACUUCCGUGACGUUUGCAUUUGGGAAGCUGUCGCAGGGAAUUGGAAUUUUGGUGUCGAUCUUAAAGGUGCGAGACAGAUGAGGGGCUGUGAGUUUUUUUCUGGGAAGGAGAUCGACGGUGUGUUAGAUCUUUAUCCAUGGUUGUGACCUUCUUGGACUAGUUUCCUAUGGAGUAUUUCUUUACAUGUCUCGUUUGAGGGUUAUGUUUCUGAAUAGUUUUAUAUUGAGUCAAGAAGUUGCAACAUCACAUGAGUUGAUGAGUUAUCGUAGGCAUCGCGAUCAGUUGUGCGAUGUGCUUGAUCUUGUGAUUUAACGUGAUGUUUGGAACUGUUGUACAGCAUCAUGAUUCGUUCGGAACGGUUUUCGGCGUUAUUAGAUUGAGCGGUUCAGCAAGAGACUGCAAACAGCAGAUUGCUUUAGUGUAUCGCCAUAGCCGAAUUAGAAGAACGGGCUUCGCCUUCAUUGUUGACAAUCUGAUUCAUGAAUCUCUGCUGGCAUACUUAAACGGUUUUCUUCUGUAGAGUUCUUUUGUGCUUGCCAAUAUAGUGGAGGAAGCGAAGUUGUAACACUUCGUGUGUUUACAUAUGCCCUGAGUUGGUCGUAUUAUUUUUGAAGGUAUGGGACAUGAAGAAAUAAGACUAGGAUCUGCGAAGUUCUCAGGCGUGAGAUUAUUCUGGGUAGUGCCGAGCUUUUGGCUGCAAUCGUUGUAGGAAGACGCUGAAUCUUCUGGCGGAUUAAGUUCAAAGUCUUUUUCCUUCGAUAUCACUACAUGUGGGCGAGCACGUAAUAGUCAACACUAGAAUGAUGCCUGCUGCGGAGGGCGAUAAGGAGACGGUUUCGACUCUGUCACCUCGCUUGUCUGGCAGAAUCAUUCUCUAUUCGGAGUAGUAUUCUGGAAAGCAUCACAAUAUUGUCUAGGAACAUUGCUGAAGUAUAGUAUUCAUCUACACAGAUAAUGAAUUCGUCACAGAGGAUUAAUCCAAUUUAUGAGCAGUUACACUGGGGUGAUAAAGUUGUGAAGCGGGGGUUGUUAUGCAAAGAAUCACCGAAUCAGGAAAAUUCCGGAGGCGUUUCACAGAAAGGGUCGGGUAGCCCAACGUUCCUCUCCCUUCCGUUGAACUCUCACGAUGUGCAGAAAGCUCGACCAUGCCGCGGAUCAGACGAGUGUAGAACGUCAAGAAGAUACAUUCUUGCUGUCUGCCUUCUUUUAUCCAUCACUGCUUUUGCAGGCUCACUCAUGUUUGCAAAAUCCGUGAGUCCCACACUCUUGUUGAAUGACGGCUGUACUACGUCAUACAACUCAUUCUCGAAGCUGCAACGUCGUUUCUCAUUACAAGAUUCACAGACAGCUUCUGCCGAACUUGGCACAGGGUUUCCCGAAGGAUGCAGUGAGAAGGCCACUACUCUGAGAGUGUUCAUGUACGAUCUUCCAUCUGAAUUUCACUACGGUAUGCUUGUGCAGCAACCGUACUCCCAGGGUCAAAUCUGGCCGCGAAACGUUUCAGACAUACCUCCGUAUCUAGGGGGCUUGUACAAGCAGCACAGCGUAGAAUAUUGGCUAACUUCCGACUUACUUACGUCGAACAUGGCAGACCGGCAGAGUGUGUGCACAGCAUUUCGAGUGGAUAAUUGGAGAUCGGCUGAUGUGAUUUUCGUGCCUUUCUUUGCUUCACUGAGCUAUAACAAGUUCACAAGAGCAGAACAAAGGGCACUUGGCGAGGACAAGAACCAAGAGCUGCAAGAAAAGCUGAUGCAGUUCCUAGAGAAGCAGCCUGCAUGGCAAGCUUCUGGAGGUGUAGACCAUGUGAUUGUGAUCCACCAUCCCAAUAGCGGCUAUUUUAUGAGGGAUCACUUGCGGAAAGCCAUGUUUGUGGUUGCAGAUUUCGGUCGAUAUGCCUCCGAUGUAGCCAACAUUGGUAAAGAUAUCGUAGCCCCUUACAAGCACGUUGUCAAUGAUUUCGAAGCUGAAGCUACCAUCUCGUAUGAGAAACGUAAGACACUUCUGUUUUUCCAAGGAGCCAUUAUGAGGAAAGAGGGUGGAAUCAUAAGGCUACAACUAUACAAGCUCCUCAAUGGCGAGCCGGACGUGCAUUUUGAAGGAGGUAACACCACCAACAGCGCAAUCCGCUCCGCAUCUGAGGGCAUGCAGAACUCCAAGUUCUGUCUCAACUUAGCCGGGGAUACCCCUUCCUCUAAUCGCCUCUUCGACGCAAUUGCUAGUCAUUGCGUCCCCGUCAUCAUCAGCGAUGACAUUGAAGUGCCGUUCGAGGAUACCCUCAACUACUCCACCUUCUCAAUCUUCAUAAAAUCCAGUGACGCCCUUAAGAGCAAUUUCAUAAUCGAUCUGCUCCGUGGAGUAAGUAGGGAAAAAUGGACCAAGAUGUGGGCCACACUGAAACAAGUGGAACACCAUUUCAAAUAUCAAUACCCUACGCAACCAGACGACGCUGUGCAUAUGACCUGGAAAGCUAUCGCCCGCAAAAUUCACAAAGUCAGGCUGCACCUUAACAAGGAAAGAAGAUACCAAUGGCGCACUUGAUCAAGAAUUUAUUCCACCCAGGUUUGGCAAAAUAAAACCGACCCACUUUGUUGUUUUUGGGUUCGAGUACGCCACAGAAUGUUCUUCUAUGUUGCUAAUGCUGGUCCUUUGUGGACAACACCUCACAGAGAUGGUGCCACUUUGACUUUCAAUAUUUCAAGAAGCCUGAUAUGACACCGCUUCCAGCCUCUUCCGGUUGCCAAAUUCUUUUCUCAAUCAUGGACACGGCUCUCAUGAAAAUAGGUUCCAGCGAGGUUUUACGUGUUCCUUUUCAGCUUCUGGAAGGAUUGUAAGAUGUCCGUAUUUUCGUUUCGCGCCUCUGGAACCUCGAUGCAGGUCAGGACGAUGAGGUGCGUCGUUCAUAGCCAUGACGAGGAGUUUUCGAUACUGAAUGGAGACAUUCAUGGAAGAGCCUUGAACAGAGACGCCGCUCCUCGGUACAGCUUGUACUUCCACGUAAGUGACAUAGGGCUGCGUUAAGUUAAAGUCCAAAAGAAACCAAUUGGCAAAGAAGGAUCCCAAGAUGAGCACAGAUUGUCUCAGACUUGGUUGGGAACACUUGUAAUCUUUCUAUGGUCAGCGUAAAAGAAUAGGUAAGGGCAUAAUAUUCUAAGGAUCAGGCUAGUCUUACUAAUAGAAGAUUCUUUCACAUGCGUGACGGCUUGCAGUGAGGAAAAGUUCAUUAAUUGAUUGAAGCACAAGGUUUAGGUCAGAGGCUCAACCAUCUGCUGCUGAGGAUAUUAUAGCAAUGAAGUUGCAGGUUUAAAAGCACCUGAAUUGUUAAAUAAAAUAGUUACCUCUCCGAGCUAAAUUCAGUUCCCUGGAAUAAUUGACUCACA